UCCUUUCCUAUUUCCUGAUUUGUUGUUUCAAUGAUUUUACUCUUUUCAGCUUCAAUAACAAGCUUUUAACUUUCCUUUCUUUUGCUGGUUGUGUACAAUAAUAAAGUUAUCAUCAUUAUGGUCUUUGAUAAUGAUGAUGAAGAUGGUGAAAAUGAACAACAAUAUGUUUCUUUUUUUGGUUUUGACCAUAACAAACAAAGUGUAGAAAAAAUGUCUUUUUAAUUAGUGUUUUUUUUCAUCCACAUGCUUCACCAUUUGCUUAGUUUGUUAUCUUAAAAAUAAAGGGUUUUGCUUUUCUUGUUUUUUGGUCAUAAAAUGCCUAUGUACCAGCCUUCUGUUGGUGGCCAAAUUUUGGAUCUUGAAACUGCAGUCAAAGAUGGUAUUUUAGGUGGUGGUGGUGAUAUAUGUGUUACUACUACUACAACAAAUGUUGAAAAAAUGGAUCUAAAGAAGAUGAUUGAACAAUUAGAUACACUUGAAGUACCAAGUGUAUUUAUAUGUCCAAUCUCAUUAGAACCAAUGCGAGAUCCAGUAACACUUUGUACAGGCCAAACAUAUGAAAGAUCCAACAUUUUAAAAUGGUUUGCAUUAGGCCAUUUUACCUGCCCAACAACAAUGCAAGAGCUUUGGGAUGAUUCAGUCACACCAAAUUCAACACUUAAUCAUUUGAUUUACACUUGGUUUUCACAAAAGUACUUGUCUUUAAAGAAAAGAUCUGAAGAUGUUCAAGGAAGAUGUUUGGAGCUCUUUGAGACUUUGAAGAAAGUCAAGGGUCAAACAAGAAUUCAAACACUUAAAGAAAUUAGAAAGAUUGUUGCAAGCCAUGAAUCAGUCAAGAGAAGUUUAGUCAACAAUGGUGGGGUAAGCUUUAUUUCUUCACUAUUAGGUCCUUUUACUAGUCAUGUUGUUGGGUCAGAAACUAUUGGAAUUUUGGUUAAUUUAGAGUUAAGUUUAGAUGCUAUUACAAAUUUGUCACACCCCACCAAGAUUUCAUUAAUGGUUGAUGUUUUGAAUGAGGGCUCAUUAGAAACCAAGAUAAACUGUGUCAAAUUGAUGGAAGUUUUGUUUUCGGGGUCCCAAAUUGUCCCAAGUUUGAGUCUUUUGGUGGGAGUAUUGAGAUUAGUGAAGGAUAAAAGAUACCCACAUGGGAUAUUGGCAGGGCUAAGAUUGUUGAAGGUCUUUAGCUCACAAGAAUCAUUAGCAAAGUCAAUUAUAAGCAUUGGAGGUGUUCCUCAGUUGGUUGAAAUGUUGCCUCAUUUUAACUCAGAAUGUUUAGAAUUAGCUUUAUAUGUUCUUGAAUUUCUAUCUUGUAAUCCUGAUGGUGCUUUGGCCCUCAAGAAUUGCCCGAAUACAAUUCCUAGUUUGGUGAAGCUGUUGAUGAGAGUAUCCGAGUGUUGUACUCAGUAUGCGUUGUCGAUAUUGUGGGAAGUAUGUAAUCUAUCACCAGAAGAAUCUGCUGCCACUACAAUCAACAGUGGUCUUGCUACGAAACUGUUGCUUGUGAUUCAGAGUGGAUGCAAUGCAGGGCUAAAGCAACGGGCCGCAGAGCUUUUGAAGUUGUGUAGUUUAAAUUAUACAGAUACCAUUUUCAUUUCAAAGUGCAAGUUAAGUAGAACAUUGCAGUGAGGGGAAAAUUGGGCAGCAAUGAAAAGUUGUUCAUAUGAUUUCCGAAACAAUAUUCAGUCUAAAAAUGGUGCAAUGCCCUAUCUUGUGUAUAUCCAACACGCGAUUUCAUAAUUUGCCGUGCAAGAAGGUUUUGAAUGAAUAAGGUCUUGGUAAAGCAUAUGAAGGUAAAGUUCAUUUCUUUAUCUUUGUUUAGGAUGAUAGCAUUGACAGAAGAGUACAUAUGUUUGCAGUGAAUUUGGGAAGAUAAUGAGAUGAUGAAGACAAAAGCUUGUAUGUUUGCAUUUAGUAAUGACCAAUUGUAAUGUGUAGAAAGUUAAUGUAUUGUUUGGUUGUGAUUAUGAUUUCCUUACAAAUCUCAUGUCAUGGUCCUAUGGGGGUGAACCCUUGUAAUUCAAUUUUGUUUCUUUAAUAAAUGCUAGAGUAGCUUGAAAUUUGUUUGCAA